AUGUUUAAUGAAACAAAGCUAACUGAUAUUAACAAUAAAUCGCUUGAUAAACAUAUUUUCAAAGCUUCUGAAAACCAAAAUAGUAAUACUUUUCACUCAUCUUAUUCAUUUUUAGAUGAUGGUGGAUAUCGAAAUAUUUUGAAUCAAGCCGUUGAAGAAUUAUGUAACCUGUACGAUGAAGAAGAAAUGAAAGGAAAUUACGCAGCAUCAGUUUUGAAUUUAAUGGAUAAAUUUUUAGCAAGCAGACAAUUAAAACCAGAAGAAUUAAUUAACUGGUACGUUAACAAUAGUUCUCCAUUCUCAUUAGGAUCAUAUGUAUCUACUUUUCAUGAAAUGACUUUGUAA